AACACUCUGCCUAUAAGUAUAGAAUCUAUUUUUAUUCAUACUCAAAUAAAUACUCUUAUUAAAAUUUACUUUCUACAUGCCAAAAGGCCAAAAGGAUUGCCAAAUUAAUCAAAUUCCAAUGUCAAUUGAAAGAAACAAUGUUGAAGAAGAUGAAAGUUUCUUCUAUGCAGUUGAACUAAGAAGCUCAGUUGUGUUGCCAAUGUCCUUGUAUGCCACAAUUGAGCUUGGUGUUUUCGAAAUACUAGCAAAAGCCGGCGAUGGAGCUAAGCUCUCAUCUUCAGACAUUGCUAGUCAUUUGCCAACCGAAAACCCAGAUGCACCAAUGAUGUUGGACCGCAUCCUCACACUUCUGGCUAGCCACUCUGUGCUCGAUUGUGUUGUGGUUGGUGAGGGCUCAAGUAUGCGAAAACUCUAUAGCCUAUCUCCAGUCUCAAAACAUUUUUUACCUAAAGAAGAUGGCGUUUCAUCUCAUGCCUUAAUGAAAUUGGGACUCGAUAAGAUUUCCUUGGAAAGUUGGUUCGAGUUGAAAAACGCAGUUCUUGAAGGAGGGACAGCAUUCAAAAGGGCUCACGGAAUGAAUGUGUUUGAGUAUGGAAAAUCAGAUCCAAGAUUUGGUGAAGUAUUUAACUCAGCAAUGUACAAUCAAGCCAAAAUUGUUACCAAGAAAAUAAUUGAGUCUUACAAGGGGUUUGAGAAUAAUAUUAAGACAUUAGUAGAUGUUGGUGGAGGCUUUGGAGUCACAGUUAGCUUAAUUGUUUCAAAAUAUCCUCAAAUUAAGGCUAUUAAUUUUGACUUACCUCAUGUCAUCAAAAAUGCACCUACUUAUCCAGGUGUUGAACAUGUGGGAGGAGAUAUGUUUGAAAAGAUUCCAAAUGGUGAUGCCAUUUUCAUGAAGUGGAUACUUCAUGAUUGGAAUGAUGAGGAUUGUGUGAAAAUAUUGAAGAAGUGUUAUGAAGCUAUUCCAAGCAAUGGAAAGGUUAUUGUUGUUGAUAUGGUUGUUCCAAUAAUGGCAGAGACUACUCAUAAAGCUAAGAGUAUUUUUCAGUUAGAUUUGGUUAUGUUAAGUCAAAAUCCAGGAGGCAAAGAGAGAAACCAACAUGAAUUUCAGGCAAUAGCAAAUGCUGCUGGAUUUAGUACUAUCAACUUUGCAUGUUCUAUUGAAAAUGUUAAGGUUAUAGAGUUCAUUAAGUAAUUAGUAUACGAAAAGAGUUAAUUACAACUUUCUGUUAUAAUUUCUUUCUUAAUCUCUACGUCCGAAAUACUUAUUGGAAUACUUUUUUAAUUUUUUUUUUCGUAUGACAAUGUUCGUUAUAGUUACAAUAUUACCUUUUUAAAUUUUUGAAAAAUUUCGAAUAGUUUACAGUGUCAAAAACAUGGUAAAUUGAAAUAUCAAAAACUUUGUUCUCGAUACUGUAAACUAUUCAAAAUUUACAGGGAUAAUACUUUGACUGUAACGAACAUUGUCAUAUAGAAAAAAAAUUAAAAAUAUUUUAACAUGUACUUUCGAAUGCAGAGAUUGAGAAAAAAAUUGUAAAAUGUGGUUGUAAUUAAUUUAUAUAUUCGUGUCCUUUCAAUUAUAGACAAUGAAUUAAUUGAUAUUUCAAUAAUGUUGGUGGCAACGAAUUUGUAUUUUGUGAUAAAAUAUUUUUUUUUAUUUUGUUAAGCGUUCAGCAAAUGUAGUGGUUCAUGCUUUUACAAGAGCUUCUAGUUUAUAUCCUAAAUGUAAUUUCAGUAUGGGGAAUGUCCUAACUGAGCUGCUAUCAUGUUUGGUAGCAGAAUUUGAAGUUUAAUAAAGCUUAUGAAUAUUCAUUAAAAAAAAAA